UUAGCCGAGCGUCUUUGCCCUAUUCGCCUUGCCGCACUCUAAACCCCCGCUCCGCCUCCUCCGCCGCUGCUCCCCUGCGUCUCCUCGGCAGGCCGCCUCGAUCGUCCCCUUUCUUUCCCUUCCGUUUCCCUCAGGUCGGAUUCGGAGGGUGGGUCGUAGAUAAUAUGUUCGCGACGGCGGUUCGAUGGAUGGCAAAGAAGCCAAAGCCGAAGAUGAAGCCCAUCGAGCCCCGGACGCCGCCGGAGCAGACCCAGACCAUCACCCGCGCUAUAUUCGAUGUCGUCAAGGAGCACGGGCCCCUUACUAUCGCCGACACUUGGGACCACCUAAAGGGAGUUGGUUUGAGAGGUUUGAAUAGUAAAAGGCAAAUGAAGAUCCUAUUAAGGUGGAUGAGGGAGAGGCAAAAACUGCGGCUAAUCUGUAACCAUGACGGACCACACAAGCAAUUUCUUUAUACCACUUGGUUCACUAAUCCCAGAACCAUGCCACCAAGGCCAAGAAUGGGAUCUUCUGAGCCAUGAGGAUUUAUCAACUGUUCAGCUCCCUUCAAUCAAGACAUUUUGGGCAGUUGAUUUCUGUACAAAACUCCCAGAUUUCUCAACUUGCUUAGAACUGUGCCCUGUGCUGGAAUUGUAAGUUAUCUGUAGCUCUCAGGAAAGUGUUACAAAUUUUUGUAACUGUGAUUUGAAUAUUAGAACUGUGCUUAGAACUGUGCCCUGUGCUGGAAUUGUAAGUUCUCUGUAGCUCUCAGGAAAGUGUUACAAAUUUUUGUAACUGUGAUUUGAAUAUUAUUUUAUUUGACUUUUCUCC